GAUAACUCAAGUAGCAGACGCCAUGUUUUGAAAGAAACGGAAAGUUGGAGUAGUUUUAACUCAUUAACAAGAGUUUCACAAUUAUAAUUCAUCAAUGAAGAUUGAUGAUGUCGUUAAUCUGAACUAGUCCUAUAAAAUGGUGUGAUAUUUAAAGGCUGAAAAAGUAGAUAGGAGAUUGACCAGCUACUAUCAUGAGUGACUCUCAGGAAUCAGCCGACAAAAGUUUUCCUAGUAAGACGAGAAACUCAGAUAAGUCCGCGUCAGGAGGUGGCUCAUACAGGUCAUCAGACAGACCCUCCUCAGGAAAACCCCGGUCAGAUACAUCGAGACGUUAUGACGACAGACCUCAGAGGUCCUCAUACAAAGCCUCGUCACCUCCUAAAGGGGGAACCUCAGGGUUUGACACCAAAAGAGGUGCCAAAGGUCAGACUGAUUCUGGAUAUGCUGACAGGGGAGGGAAUUCUAAAAGGGGAGGUGACUCAAGGUCAGGACCUGGAGCCAGGGGAGAUAAGUGGUCACAGCGAGGAGAAAAAGGACCAAUUAAAUCCGUUAAUAAAGGCCCUGGUGGUGACAGGAAUGGUAAACAGAGUGCUAAAGAUAACAGAUCUUCAGAAGAGAGGGGAGAUAAGCGAGAUGAUAAGAAGACGAGCAGCAGUAAGGAGAUAAAGUCCGCGGCUGAGUUAGAGGAGCAGUGGCAGAACGAGGAUGAAAAGAAGAGGAAAGCUGAGGAGGAGGCCAAGAGGAAGGAGGAGGACAGGAUCAGGAAAGAAGAAGAAGAGAAGAGGAAAGAAGAAGAAGAAAAACAGAGAUUCCUAGAGGAGGAAAUUAAAACUGUAAAGGACUACCAACAGGAGUGUCUGGAGAAAUACGAGACGAAGAGGAAGUUACGAGAGCAGAACCAGGAAGCAGCAGAAAACCGACCAGAUGAAUCCUUCUUUAGUAGAUUAGACUCCAGUCUUAAGAAGAAUACAGCGUUUGUCAAGAAACUUAAAAACUUAACAGAGUCACAAAAAGACAGUUUGACAAAAGAUUUUAAAGGCCUUAAUCUCAACAAGUACAUAGGAGAAGCUGCUGCUGCCAUUACUGAAGCGAAGUUAAAGAUGUCGGACAUUGCCUGUGGGGUCCACAUCUGCUGUUUGUUUUAUCAGAGGUACUCAGAGUUUUCUAACUAUCUGAUGGACAAUUGGCAGAAAUACCUUCUGAACAAGAAAGAUGAAAAGAUAAGUAACCCAAGUAAGUACCGAGUAGACCUGCGCUUUUUUGCUGAGUUACUGUCGGUGGGGCUGUUUAGCCUGAGAGAGGGACUGAAUGUCCUGGCCGGUCAGCUGAGUCUACUGACUGUGAGUGACAAGGAGGAACAUAACAACCUCACCAUACUGACCAGCUUCUGUAAGCACUGCGGGGAUGACUAUGCCGGACUUCUGCCCCGUAAAAUCAGAUUGUUGGCAGAGAAGCAUGGAGUAGAAAUUCCUCGCAGUACAUUGCUGCCUCCAGAGAGACAGAAGGGUUGUCGUAAUUUACUGGGCGAGUACUACCAGUCUCUGUGUAAACACCUACUGACUGACCACAAGGAACUCAAAAACAUUGAGAGACAGAACAGACGCAUUCUACAGACUAAAGGUGAGCUAAGUUCCGAGAGAAAGGAGAAGUUCGACACAAUGUUACAGGCAUACCAGAAACUACUUACCAAUACUGCAGUGUUUGCAGACUUGUUGGAUGAAGAUUUACCUGAAUUACCAGAAGAUGAAAUCAAAAGAGAUGAUGACACUGGGUUUGACAUAUUUAAUCCUGAGACAAGUGCAGAGUUUCAGUACACAGGGGACAGCACUCUGUUUGAAGAUGAGGAUGCCAGAUCUUUUUAUGAAACUUUACCAGACCUCAAGGCAUUCAUUCCAGGGAUUUGCUACAAGGACAGUGAACAAACAGCAGCUAAAGAUGGCAGCAAGGAUGAUCUAUCUUGUCUGGAUGAAGACAUGGAAAGCCUCCAGAUCGAGGAUGUGGAAAGAGAAAUGGAAACAGAGAAACAGAUUGCAGAAGUGGAGAGUAAAGAGGCAGAGGAUCAGGCACAGGAAGAGGAAAUAGCAGAGGAGUAUGGGAUGUUACCCGAUGCUGAUGGGUUGUUGCAACCAAAGAAGGAAGACACAGACACAGGAAGUUUAAUGAAGAUGCAGUACGAGGCAUAUAUCCAGACACUUCCCAACUGUGUCAACAAAGAUCUCAUAGAUAAGGCAGCUGUUGAGUUUUGUAUGAACUUCAACACCAAGAGUAACAGGAAGAAGUUAGUGAGAGCUCUGUUUACCGUCCACAGGACCAGGUAUGACCUUUUGCCUUUCUACUCUCGGUUUGUGGCUACCCUGUACCCCUGUAUGCCAGACGUGGCCAGUGAUCUGGUUCAGCUUCUCAAGGGAGAUUUCAGGUGGCAUGUAAGAAAGAAGGACCAGAUUAACAUAGAAUCUAAGCUUAAGACUGUGAGAUUUAUAGGUGAACUUGUAAAAUUCAAGUUGUUCCCAAAGUCAGAGGCGCUUCAUUGCUUGAAGAUGUUGAUGUUUGACUUCUCCCACCACAACAUAGAGAUGGCUUGUUCUCUGUUAGAUUCCUGUGGACGAUUUCUCUACAGAUCUCAGGACUCCCACCACAGGACCAAAAUCUACCUGGACGUCAUGAUGAGGAAGAAGGCUGCUCUUCACUUAGAAAGUCGGUACACCACCAUGAUAGAGAAUGCUUUCUACUACAGCAAUCCACCCGAGACCCAGCAAACUGCCCAGAAAGUCAGGCCCCCAAUGCACGAGUACAUCCGUAAACUCUUGUACAAAGAUCUGUCUAAAGUCACUACAGAGAAGGUCCUGAGACAGAUGAGAAGGCUUCCAUGGGACGAUACAGAGAUCGCAUUCUAUGCCACUAAGUGUAUGAUUGCUGUGUGGAAUGUACGCUACAACUCCAUUCACUGUGCUGCCAAUCUAUUGGCUGGUCUGGCCCCCUAUCACGAACACAUAGCCAUCCAGGUGGUAGACGGAGUUCUGGAGGACAUCAGACUGGGAAUGGAGGUGAACCACCCUAAGUAUAACCAGAGGAGGGUAAGCUGUGUCAAGUAUCUGGGGGAGCUGUACAAUUAUCGUAUGGUGGAAUCCGCAGUCAUCUUCAAAACUCUCUACUCAUUCAUAACCUUUGGAGUAGUUAUGGAUGAGACUAACCCGUCCCCAUUAGAUCCACCAGAACACUUGUUCAGGAUCCGUCUGGUUUGUGUGCUGUUGGAGACCUGUGGUACAUACUUCGACAAAGGGUCCAGUAAGAAGAAACUGGAUUGUUUCCUUGCAUACUUCCAGCGUUACUACUGGUUUAAGAGAAGCAGUACUAUCUACAUGGAGAGUAGACCGUUUCCGGUGGACGUGGAAAAUCUGAUGAUUGACACGAUGGAGUGUGUACGACCCAAACUGAAGCUCCAGCAGAAUUACGAGGAGGCGUGUAAAGCUGUAGAAGACUUAGAGAAUGAGUACAAACAGAAAGUAGCCUCGGUGUUGACGAUUAUAGAAACAGACCAAGAGGGGAGUGCCAGUGAGACAGAGGAGGGACUGGGGACCAUACAGGAGAUGGAGGAGUAUGGUGAGGAUCUAAGUUUGAGUGGAGUGGACGAGAGUGAAACAAGUCAGGAGGACACCAGCCAAAGGAGCAAUAAUGAAGAGGGAGAAGAGGAGGGAGGAGUCAGUUAUAAUGAAGAAGAUGAUGAUGUCAUGGAGAGUGCUGGGGAAAAUGAAGAGGACGAUCAGAUGACAAUUAUGAAAGGUGGCCCUAAGCACAUCAAGUGUACUGAAGAUGAGGAUUUUAUGACAGCUUUUGACAAAAUGAUGUCCGAGAAUAUUCAGGCACGUACAAAUGAGUCUCUAAAAGUCCCUCAGUUGGAUAUCGCUGUCCCGAUGAAUCUGAAAGACAAGAACAAGAAAAUAGUAAACGUGAAUCUGUAUUCAAUGCAAGAAGAGGAAGUGCCUAAAGAAGAAGACAGGUCAAUAGAAUUUGUGUUGAUGACGAGACGAGGGAACAAACAACAGUUCACCAAUCUCAAUGUUCCGAUAUCUGAGGAGUUUGCCACAAAGUACAGAGAAAGAGAACAGGCAGAGAAAGCAGAGAAGGAGAGGAUGAAGCAGGUCGUGUUGGGGAUUCAUGAGAGACAGGAGGAAGAGGACUACCAAGAGAUGAUAGCCUCCCUGAAUCGUGUAAUGCCGGUCAAUACUAACAGAGAGAGAAGAGUGCGCUACCAGCAUCCUAAAGGGGCCCCCGACGCUGAUCUAAUCUUUGGAUCCAAGAAGAGAUGAUGAAGAAUGAAAGUGAGAGAGAGCCCUUUCCCAAAACAGGGUCAUGUCAUACCAGUGAAAUCAAGUCCGAAGCCGUAGUCAAACACUGGGAUAAAAAGUUACAGGGGACUUAACUCUGGCAUUGAUCUGUUGAAAACAAUUAAUGUACAAUACAGUGAUUGGUGAUUUACUGGGGUGGAACACAUGGAUGAGAUAAAUCAUUAUUUUUUUGUUGUGGUGGGAAAUGUGUAGAUUCACAAUGUCUGGUCAAUCCAUUAUAGAGUGCUUUACACAUUAUACAUUACAUGUAUGUACACUGCUGUUAGUCUCUACUUUUUACAACUUUCUGUGGCCCUAGCUGUUAUAAAUUUACACAUCCCUCGUGACUAUUUUACUAUUAAAGCAAAAAAAUAUAUAUUUAUUUAGAAUAUGUUACUCAGGAUGACUUAACAAUACCAGCCAUAUAGAAGAUAUACAUGUAUCAUCUGAGAAUUCAAUGGAUUUUUUGAAAUACUUUUUUAGAAUUGGACAUCAAAUUAAUUUUUUCCUUUAGAUCUGUCUCAAAUUGCAAUAUAUUUAAUUUUUAAGAGGGAAUUCUGAUUCUAUAUACAUGUAUUUAUAAAUGAUGCAGACAUGAAUUUUUCCUCAAAAAGAAUUUUGUGAUGUUUUAUUGUUCUAGUGCUGUUAGAUCUUUUGAAAGAUUGCACGUUGUAUUUGCUUUCAUUGUUAGUUGUGUGUGUGUGUGUGUAAGGUACCAGGUAUUGUUUUGUUAGUAUCUCAUUACAUAAAAUGUAUCCUAAGUUUUGAUUCUAAUUGGAUAAGUAAAAAUAUUUGUUGGUAAGUAAGGAAAUGUACAAAGAAAACUCAUGGAAUGUUCUUUACCAUUUUGAUGAAUGAAUAAAAGGGAGAAGUUGGACAAAAA